CUCACCAAAACCAAACACAAUCACCAGAACAAGAUUCAUCAGAAACAAGGAAAAAAAAAACAAAGACAACAAUGUCGUGGCAAACUUACGUUGAUGACCAUUUGAUGUGUGACAUUGAUGGCACUGGCCACCACCUCACCGCCUCUGCCAUCGUUGGCCAUGAUGGUUCCGUCUGGGCUCAGAGCACUUCCUUCCCUCAGCUUAAGCCUCAGGAGAUCACUGGUAUCAUGAAGGAUUUCGAUGAACCAGGCUUCCUUGCUCCCACUGGCUUGCACCUUGGGGGAACCAAGUACAUGGUCAUUCAGGGAGAGUCUGGAGCUGUCAUCCGUGGGAAGAAGGGAUCUGGAGGCAUCACCAUAAAGAAAACUGGUCAAGCUCUGGUCUUUGGCAUCUAUGAGGAGCCUGUGACUCCUGGACAAUGCAACAUGGUUGUUGAGAGGUUGGGAGAUUACCUCAUCGACCAGGGUCUGUAGAAACUAGACCUAUAAUGAUGAUUUGAACAUUAAUUGUUUCUUGGAUAAUAUACUUUGUUGUUUUCAUAUAUUUGGGUCUGUAUCUACUACUACAUUUCGACCCUAAAUUGGGAGUUGUUGCAGACAAUAACUAUUCGAGAAUUUAACACUUGUCUCUUGUUUGGAUGUUUCAUUUA